AUGACAUCACACCAAAAUGGCACCAUCUCCUCUGAGGUUUCAGACUUCCUCCUGAAUUGUUUUGUCAGGUCCCACACCUGGCAGCUCUGGUUGUCCCUGCCACUCAGUCUCCUCCUCUUCCUGGCCAUGGUGGCCAAUAGUGUUCUCCUGAUCACCAUAUGGCUGGAAGCCUCUCUGCAUGAGCCCAUGUACUAUCUACUCAGCAUCCUCUCCCUGCUGGACAUCAUACUCAGUCUCACUGUCAUUCCCAAGGUCCUAGCUAUCAUCUGGUUUGACCUCAAGUUCAUCAGUUUCUAUGCAUGCUUCCUCCAGAUGUUCAUCAUGAAUGGCUUCUUUGCCAUGGAGUCCUGUACAUUCAUGGUCAUGGCCUAUGACCGUUAUGUGGCUAUCUGUCACCCACUGAGGUACCCAUCCAUCAUCACUGACCAAUUUGUAGUCAAGGCUGCUGUCUUUAUUUUGGCCAGGAGUAGUAUUGUUACAAUGCCUAUCCCCAUUCUCUCAUCCCGACUCCAUUAUUGUGGGAAAAAGGUCAUUGAGAACUGCCUCUGCACCAAUAUGUCUGUCUCCAGGCUCUCCUGUGAUGAUGUCACCAUCAAUCGCCUUUACCAGUUUGCUAUAGGAUGGACUGUGCUAGGAUCUGACCUCAUCCUCAUCUUUCUCUCCUACACCCUCAUACUGCGAGCGGUGCUGAGACUCAAGGCAGAGGGUGCUGUGGCCAAGGCCCUGAGCACAUGUGGCUCCCACUUCAUCCUUAUCCUCUUCUUCAGCACCAUCCUUCUGGUCUUCGUGCUCACUCUUGUGGUGAAGAAGAAAGUCUCGCCUGAUGUGCCAGUCUUGCUCAACAUCCUCCACCAUGUCAUUUUCUCAGCCCUCAACCCCAUUGUGUAUGGGGUGCGAACCCAGGAGAUCAAGCAAGGAAUCCAGAGAUUAUUAAAGAAAGGGUGCUAAUAAGGACAACAGGAUCUCUGCAUUCCUGAGUUUUGAAUCAAUAAUGGGUGAGGG